AUAGCCGGAAAAUUGUUCACCUCGUAUAAUCGAUAGACAAUAUCCCACCAAAUAAUAGAGCAAAUUUAGACAGCUCCAAUUAAGCUCGAAAUAGACGUAUUUAUUACAAAAGUACUAAAAAUGACUACGCUGCGACCAUUUACCUGUGAUGAUCUAUUUAAAUACAAUAAUGUAAAUUUCGAUCCGCUGACAGAAACAUACGGUCUUUCCUUUUAUACACAAUAUUUGGCCAAAUGGCCGGAAUACUUUCAGCUAGCUGAAUCGCCCAGUGGACACAUAAUGGGUUACAUUAUGGGCAAGGUUGAAGGACAUAUGGACAAUUGGCAUGGACAUGUAACGGCCCUAACCGUUUCGCCCGAUUACCGGCGAUUAGGUCUGGCAGGUCUGUUAAUGAACUUUUUAGAGGAUAUAUCUGAAAAAAAACGCGCCUACUUCGUGGAUCUUUUUGUGCGUAAAAGCAAUAAAGUGGCUAUAAAUAUGUAUAAAAAUUUAGGCUAUAUUAUAUACCGUACAAUACUAGAGUAUUACUCGGGUGAUCAAGAUGAGGAUGCGUAUGAUAUGCGAAAGGCACUGUCGCGAGAUGUGAAUAAGAAAUCGGUUAUACCUUAUACGCAACCUGUACGAUUGGAAGAUAUAGAUAUGAAUUGAUAUCCACCCACUGCCCGCAUUCGCAUUUAUGUUUAACUCUUAUACUGAUUCAUCGAUCAAUUGCAUUUCGCCCACAAAUUUCUAGUUCAACAAUGUCAACAAAUAGAAAAGCAAACAAAUUGUAUCUAAUCUGAAGUUAUAAGUCCCCACAAUACAAUUUGCUAACU